UAUGUUAUUGUGUUCAUAACAUUAUUGUCCGUCUGAUUCAACAGCGGCGGGACAGCGAUGACUCAAGAGCUGAUUGGCCCGAGUUGCGAGAUUACCGCCUCAAAGUUGAAAUAUUUCAACUUGGGGUGAAAAUUGUGCCGCUGUAAAGGCGUCACCCCAAACUCGCCGCCCGGAAAAAUGUUGCGUCUAUCGCAGCCACACGCGCCUGUAUGUUGACUUUUCAUGGGAUUUGGUCGCGCGAAUAAAAUAUCGCUUUUGGUGUGAACGCAGCUUUACUCUGAGAACCACGCCCACAAAGAGGAGAAACCAGUCGGCGCUGGAAUGUGUAACCAAGGCCAGAAACGCCUACAAAUGUCUGUAGCUGGCUUAAAAACUUCAGAUAUCAGCAUAUCCCAGAGACAAACUCAAAAACAACACCUCGACGUGCACACGGACGAACAGCCACUCCAUCGGUCUGUUCACGAACACACGUUAUGUUAACAACGUCGUCACGUUGCUUAUAACAAAUGCAAUGAAAGUUGUUUUUAGCUCGACGGCGGCUGCUUCCCAGGUUGCUGAUGUCGGCUACUUUUUGAAUUGGCCAAUCGUAAUGACAAAGGCCUUGAUUGCCUCAAAAACUAUCCGGUUAAAGCUGGUACAGACCGGACUUGUACAACCUCUAGUUGUGACUUCAAUAGUAGGUUUCCCCUACUAUUCCCUUCCCCUGUUAUAAUGGCAGGGGAAACACUGAGAUCUUUUGUAGAGGAAGCAGAAAAAACAUCCACAAUCAUCUUUUAUCAUAAAUCUACUUUGUGCCACGUCGUCCAGAGAGCUCCUCCUUGCAUCGGCGUACAGUAGUUGAAGUCCUGUACUUGCAGUAGUAAAAUGAAACCGGUUUCCACCAGUUUGCCGAUUUGAUUUACGCCGCCGUGUGACAACACCAUAAACCUGUCAGAUCGCCUCCUCGGAGAAGACAUCACAUUUUCUACGAGACAAUCAUGUGUGUGUCUGUUCAGGUGUCAUCAGUGUCUUGUUGUGUGUUUUUAAAAGAAAUUAUUUUUCUGUACUGAAGCACAACUGUUGAGCCGUUGAUCAGGUUUUGCCCAGUUUAGCGUUAACCCCGGUGCGGAAAACUGUGGGAUGGUUGCCGUGGCAGAAUGCCCCCAAAACUGUUACAUGGCUACAUGUUGUUGCUGUUUUUUGUAUGUUGCAUAUGUUCCAGACUUAAGAACUGUGGGAAAUAAUGACUGCUGCUGCAGGUCAAAUGACGUUGCAAGGUGCAAGCAACGCGGAACGAUUUGACUAUGUCAUGAACUUUCUUAAAAAAAUGGCAGGAAACGAGUACGUGGGUUUCAGCAAUGCCACAUUCCAGUCGGAGCGCGAGUCAGGAGACAGGAACUUUGCCAUCGGCUACUACCUGAAGGAAAAAAAGUGUUUCCCAGAGGGGACGGACAUGACAUCUGUACUGGACUUCUACUUUCAACUGUGUUCCAUCGAGGUGACCUGCGAGAGCGCCAGUGUCAUGGCGGCCACCCUGGCCAACGGGGGCAUCUGCCCGAUAUCGGGCGAGCGCGUGCUGAGCCCCGAGGCCGUGAGGAACACCUUGAGUCUGAUGCACUCAUGCGGCAUGUACGACUUCUCUGGACAAUUUGCCUUCCAUGUCGGUCUGCCGGCCAAGUCUGGAGUGGCGGGGGGGAUCCUGCUGGUCGUCCCCAACGUGAUGGGCAUCAUGUGCUGGUCUCCUCCACUCGACAAGCUGGGCAACUCUGUCAGAGGGAUCCAGUUCUGCACGGACCUCGUGGAGCUUUUCAACUUCCACAACUAUGACAACCUGAGGCACUUUACCAAAAAGCACGACCCCCGCCGAGAAGGAGGGGACCAGCGGGUGAAGUCCGUCAUCAACCUGCUGUUCGCCGCCUACACGGGAGACGCCUCGGCCCUGAGGAGGUUUGCGCUGUCAUCCAUGGACAUGGAGCAGAGGGACUACGACUCCAGAACGGCGCUCCACGUGGCGGCGGCCGAAGGACACACGGAGGUGGUGCGCUUCCUGCUGGAGGCCUGCAAGGUGAACCCGGUACCCAGAGACAGAUGGGGGAACACGCCGAUGGACGAAGCGGUGCACUUUGGCCACCACGACGUGGUCACCAUGCUGCAGAGCUACCACGACAAAUACAGCCCGCCCGCCGACGCCAACGACAAGGAGAGCGUGAAGAACAACCUGGACGGCCUGCUGUAGAGCCGCCGCACACACAGCGACGACGUCUGAGGCUUCCUGGGUAGGAGGGGGGGGGGAGGCCAUACUUCUGAAUUAAUCGGUUAUCGUACCCCCCCCCCCCGGUCUGGUGUGCUUUGCUUUUUCCCGGCUGUACAUCGCUGCUGCACUUCAUAUCUCUCCCUCUCGCCCUCCAUCGCCACGGAGUGUGUGCGUGUUGUGCGUGUUGUGUGCGUGAGCGAGCACCUUCUUAGCGAAUCACGCAACAUCGGUGGGCGGCCGUCACGCACAUCGCGUUUUACGGCGCGUCGCUCGUUGUCUCGGUAACCCGUGAACCUCGUAUCAAAAGUGUAUUAGUUUAGUUUGCGGUAAAACUCGUGUUAGAUUAUUCUCUACCUGGAAAUAUUUGGGUAAUACUCUCUCAAUGUCGUCGUUUUGUGAGAUGGUGAGGUGUGUGUGUGUGUGUGUGUGUGUGUGUGUGUGUGUGUGUAAAUACUGAUAUAAGCUUUCUAAUGCAUCUCUGAUGGUGUCCGUGUAGAAGGGCUCACAGGCCUCAGUUAUCUCCAUAGAGCUGCAUCUAUAUUCCCAGUUUGUUCUCCUUUCAAUGACACUUCAUCCCCCUUUCCUUGAAGGAUUGGACUCCGAAUGUAUUUUGCAAUAGAGGCACCGUGUAUUUAUUUCACAGAGAGACUUCUUUUUAAAAAGAGUGACACUUAUAGAGACGUGCGAUUGUGUAAUCGUGGGAUGAAGUCGAGUCGGGUUUCUUUUUAUUUCGUUGUCAUUACGUUUGUUUUUCCGUGUCAUCUGCACUUCCCCCUACAUGCUCCGUACCGUAGAAUACUUUUAUUAUUUAUUUUGUUUACUUGGUUUCAUGACAUUGUUGUUGUAUUUUUGUGUAAAAUCACAAUGUUGGGUUUUCCUGCACGGAACAAUUUUAGCAGCACGAGGACCAUUUAUGAAACUUUCAACGCGUACGGACGUCUGACAGUAAUUCUUACUUAAGUGUGAUGUUAUCUAUGCACUCCAAGGCUUCACACACAUCUACUGCACUACAGGCGGGACGAUGGACGUCCUGAAUUUACCCCAAAAUUAUAUUUAGUUGGAAAAAGUUUAGAAACACGAACAAACCAUAAUAGUACAAUAACUGAGCUGAACUGGACAAAAUGUGUCAAGACACAGGAGUCUGUGUUAUGCUGCAACAUUCCAAGUGGUGGUUUCUCAAGGUCUAUAUAUAUAUUUAUAUAUAUAUAUUUAUUUGCAUUUAUUUAUAUAUAUAUAUGUAUAUAUAUAUUUAUUUGCAUUUUUAUAUAUAUAUAUAUAUUUGCAUUCAUAUAUUUUUUAUAUAUAUAUAUAUAUUUUUAUAUAUAUAUGUAUAUAUAUGUAUAUAUAUUCACCCUAUGAAGACUUAGAAGUCACACGUGUCAGAAACAGAAUACCUGAUGGGUCCAAAUGUAUGUAAAUUAGUUAAAUAAUUGAUAAGAUAAUAUACUAUUAACUCAAAUGAGUCGAUAUGUAAUGGAACAUAUUGUGAAUUUUGCUGUCAGAUAAAAAGCCUAAAUGAGCUUCAUGUGUCGUGUUGUGUAAACUAUUUGUAGCGGAUAAAAACAAAACAAUAUAUAGCUCUAAUUUAAAAAAAAUUGUUUUAUUUUAAUGUAUGUUAAUGUUAGCUAUAACUGCCGGCUGUGGGGAAUUGAGAAACAGUUUGCGGACGUUUAUAGUUUGUCAGAAAUUGCAGAUUUAUUCUUUUGGAGACUUUUAAAAAAAAACCACUAUAUUUCUUUUUUAUUAUUAUUUUAUGUACUCUGAAAUAUCUUCCUCUUUUUUUGCUAGCAGCAUUUUAUAUUAACAUAUAUAGAAAUAAACAUAGAAAUUAAUUAAUACAAUUAAAUACAUCUUUUGUUCCUGUGAACUGGAACCGUCUGGCUCGGAGCUCGCAACGUAAACGAUGUGACUAGAGGACCCGAUGCUAGCGUUAGCCCGAUGCUAACGCUAGCAUCGGGCUAACGCUAGCACGCUGACACGUUCACAACGACCGCUCCGUAAAAUAAAGGAGAAAAUAAAUCUUUAAAAACCUUAUCGAUGUUGAGCGGGUAACUGACGGAAAUGUCAUUAUUUUUGUACGUAAAUAUAAUCUCAUCAUGGCCCAAAUUUAAUGGCAAUCCAUCAAAUACAAGUAAAUACAGGCAACUAAACACAUCUUUAAAGUCUGUAUUGACUUUUUGUUUGACAAAUGAUGUAUAAAUAGAUAUAUUCUUUGUUUUUAGAUGGGGGGGGAAUAUGAAUCUGGAUUUUUCAUACCCUUCAAACAGUAACUUAGCCUUCGAUGUGUCAGAUGAGCUCUCCUUGAUUUCAGGCUCCUUCAUUAAUUUCAUCCACUGAAAGUAUUCCCGGUUUAAUUUUUACAAGACAUCUGAACUAUUGGACUCUUAUGACACGCGUGUAGUCGGUCACGCAGCACACGGCUGAACUUGACCCAUCAGGUAACCUCAUGUGACACGUGUUGCUUGUGGGACUCGAUUCACGAGUAAUAAAAAAGUACACAUUUUUCAGUAGGUGUCGUGUGUUCUGUGCUGUUCUUUUAAAAAACUUUUUUAUGAAAUGUUUUUUCUUAUAAAUCGGAACAGCUUUCUAAAAGAGCGCAGUAUAUUUUAGUAGUGGAAAGCUUGUGUGUGUGUGUGUGUGUGUGUGUGUGUUUUUCGACCCGGGAGUCAAGACGGAGAGAGAGAGAGCCCACUGACUGUUUGCCCUUUUGUCCUUCUGUCAUAAAUAAAGUGGUUCAGUACUGUAAAAUGCAGAUGUUAUUUCUCUUGACACUGGAAUGAUAUGUUUAUUUUAAUAAACAAAAGUUAAGAACAUC